ACAUGUUUGUUUAUUUCACAUGUCGAUCACACUUCAGUUGUAUUUAUUUUAUAGUGCAUACGCUCAUUGUGAUAAAACGUGACCUUAAAAUUAUUUUUCACGUAAACACAUUUGAGUGAAUUAGAUAUUGGACAAGAGGUGUACAGGAUAUUAAAAACGACAGGAAUGGCUAAUGAGCAUUUGAUCUCGAAAUGGAGGUUAUUAUUCAAGGCCCUCGACGUUCGGCAUGCAGGCAGAAUUUCAAAAGAAGAUAUCAAACAAGAGGAACAGACAUUUGCUGAGCUCCACAACCUUGAUGCAGAACGAAAAAAGGAAAUGGAAGAAGACAUGGACGAACUGAUGAAGGAACUUUUAUUCAGAGGAAGGCCUGGACCAAUCACAGAACAAGAAUUCAUUGACAUGAAUAAUAGCGAAUACAAGGCGGAUAAAGAAAAUUUUGUAGAAAAAAUGCAAAAAUGUUUAGCGGCAGACUUUGCUAACAUGGACGUCAGCGGAAAGGGGUCUUUGACCGAGGAUGAGUUUAUAAAAGCAUUCAGAGCACUCGGCCAUGAAAAUAUAACAUUAGAUAAAAAGUUUUUUGAGUCCUACCAUCCAGUAAAUGGCGAAGUUCCUCUAGAGUUACUUAUAAGUUCUUGGGUUGAAUUUGCGACGUCUGAAGAUAGUUCUAAACAGGAUAUGGUGAAAGAAGCUUUAGAGUCUGGACUUUAGACAUUGGUAAAUUCCAGUCGUCACCUUAUAAGUAGUCAUGAAAUCAUGGUACAUGCAGAUACUUUAAUAUUAUCAGUACAUUUAGAUAUUGAAAAAAGAAGAUCAAAAACGCUCGAAACUGCAUAAAUAAUAGAUAAGUUUUUCUUGAAAGAUGGUUCUUCUUCUUACUAUGUACAAACUGCACGUGAAUAUUAUCAGCUGCAAUAGAAAUACGUGAAUGUUACCAACAGCGACAAAAAACAACACGUGAAUGUUGAAAUAUUUUACAGUGACAAACGACGAGUGGAUGUUUUUAUCCUUUAUUCAACGGCAACAACAAACACAUUUAGAUUUAGUGUUAAAGAAACGUUUCAAACAUCCAAUCAUGAAAUUGUUGUACUCACAAAGUGUUCUUAUGGACUGAUAUAUCUUUAUACUGUAUAUAUAUACUCACCUUUUAGAAAUAUGUGCAAUGUUAUGAAAGUGCUUGCUGUAAUUUAUUUUAAGUCUCAAUUACAUUUUGCUUUCUUCAUUUAUAAUUCUUCUAUGAAAUCCAAUGUUAUGGUUGUGUACAACAUAUAAGGUUCUGUUAUAACUUGAGAUCAACCUCAUUGUAAAGGGGAAAAUUGGCAACGACUUAGAUAAUAUUCACCAUGGUUACGAAUCCAUAUGCUUUGCAGGGAUUCAAGAAAUGUUUUGAAUUUAACAGUUGAUACACGGCAAAAAUAUGAACAUAAUGGUAGCUAUUGUAUGUCCUUGCCCUGCUAAAUUUCUAUAAUGAACUGUCCAUCUUUCGAUUUGGACAGUACCAUUAACUGUUAAAUGGGGUCAUUACUAAAACGAUACUGACUGAAUGGCAAACAGUCCAGCAUGAUAAGGGUAAAAUAUGCUUUGAAUAUUUUCUCUUGGAUCUUUAUUAAGAUUACAUAAUAGUACUGAAAGCAUUUCUUAGGCAUCGUUUAAUAUUUAUUUUAAUUAGAACUAAUUGUUUCCAGGAAAAAAUGAAAUAUCUGUACGUUUAAAUGAUUUUAUGAAAAUUUAUUUAUUGCACGUUUUGUUUAUUAAGUUAUUGGAUCCGUAAUCAUAUAUGGUAAAUUACGUAAUCUCCUUUGUUUAUUAAGUUAUUGGAUCCGUUAUGACAUAUGAUAAAUUACGUAAUCUCCGUUGUUUAUUAAGUUAUUGGAUCCGUAAUGACAUAUGGUAAAUUACGUAAUCUCCGUUGUUUAUUAAGUUAUUGGAUCCGUAAGGACAUAUGGUAAAUUACGUAAUCUCCGUUGUUUAUUAAGAUAUUGGAUCCGUAAUGACAUAUGGUAAAUUACGUAAUCUCCGUUGUUUAUUAAGUUAUUGGAUCCGUUAUGACAUAUGGUAAAUUACGUAAUCUCCAUCGUUGUUUUUUAAGUUAUUGGAUCCGUAAUGACAUAUGGUAAAUUACGUAAUCUCCGAACGCGAUUUCGGCAUUCUCCGUUUAUGGGUUGAUCUUUAUUUACGUAUACGUAAUCACUGGAGGUUGCCGAGUGUCUUUACGGGUCCAAUACUUUAAUUAUAUAUAGUAAUUUAAGUAUAAAAAUCGCAAAGUUAGUUUUGUCAGUGGUUAACAUGAAUUUUUGCGAGGACUAUCGUGCUUUUGUAUAUUGCUGAUGUUACUGUACCUAUAGACGUUUAACCUUUACCCUGCUAAAUUUCUAAAAUGGACUGGUCCAUCAUUCAAUUUGGGCAGUACCAAUUGUUAUUCAAAAGGAUGUUCACGAACGUACAGGCUGAUCUUGAUCUGCACUGGUCGCAAAGGCAGAAUCACUUGUUGCCAGCAGGCUAAAGGUUAACUUGUAUUUUGAAGACCUUUUUGAAAAUUAUAAUAAAGUUGUGUUGAAAACCUAUACGAUAUACUUGCAUGAUAAGUGGUUUGCUGUAAUUUGGAUCUAGCAUUUACAAAUGCAUGAAGACCAUUAGAAAGCACUGAAUGCCACCAAGCGAAGUUACAGCAAAAUCAGUUUGUAUCUUUCCCUGAAAUGUGCAGACUUUUCACGACCCCAUCCCCACGUUACCUUACUGUUAAACAGUAAUGUUUAAUCGACGUAUAACAACACUCAAAAAUCGGUGUGACAUGUUCCCCAUUGUGACCCCAUUGACAAUGGCAUCUUCUGUCCUACCUCAUUUACAUCUUUCUGUCGAGAUUCGUUAGAGACAUUAAACAUUAUCAUGAACAAGAUUUUUUUAAAAAUCAUUAUUUUACAUUGACAAGAUAUCCCUCAAGCAACAUCUUACAACUUAUUCGUUUUGUAACAGCUCACUCAGAUAAUUUUUAUUAUAGAAAUUUUAGUUUACAAUAAGGUUGUUACAACAGGGUUACCGCUAUCACAAACUAUCAAAGACAUUCAUUAAAUUUUAUCACAGAUCGCCCGAACUUUUAAGAAAUAUAACAUAAACCUUAAUUGGUUUUGCACAUCCCGUAUACUCCGAGGAUGUAGUUUAUUAACUACGGAAAAUUAAACACAAUGCAUAUUCUGAUAUCUUUUAGAAUAUCGUAAAGCACAUUGCAUGUUUGGUAAUUGACCCCUCUGCAAUUAAUCGAUUGAUGGUGCGAUGACUAAGUACGUGUGUGGCUUUGUGACACUUUUCUCCUAAAUCCUACAAAAGUGGACAGAGGAAGCGAGAUUGUUGUCUUGCAACUUGUUUAGUCGUGCCCUCUAAAAGUUUUACAUUUAUAUCUUUUACAUUUUGCAGUCUGGUAUUUUGUGGUAAUUGACCCCUCUGCAAUUAGUCGAUUGAUGGUGCGAUGACUAAGUACGUGUGUGGCUUUGUGACACUUUUCUGCUAAAUCCUACAAAAGUGGACAGAGGAAGCUAGAUUGUUAUCUUGCAACUUGUUUAGUCGUGCCCUCUAAAAGUUUUACAUUUAUAUCUUUUACAUUUUACAGUCUGGUAUUUUGUCAAUAAUGUUAGAGCUUAUCUUGACAGGUAUAUGUAUAUAUUUUAUUUACACUGCCUGAAUAUACGGUAAGUGUGAGGUUAACAUAUCCCAAAGCCUUAGUUCCAUUUAUACAGGUUACUGACCAUUCCGGUGCCCCUAUUUUCAACUUGUUUUUGUUUAUCCGUUUCCUUCUAUAUGUUAUGUAUAUUGUCUUGUAUGCUUAGAAUGUUACUUCCCUUCUAUCACCUCCCCCAACUUUUAUGCUUCCCCUUUUUAUGCGCCCCCUUUUAUUUGCCCUUUUCCCGUCUUACCCGCCCCCGCUCCCCCCUCCAUUUUUACCCCAUCCCCACUUCUUAUAUACUUCAUAUAAUUAAAUUUACUGGUCGAUGGAUAUAUGAAGCUAAUUUUUCAACUACGGUAACGUUUCUAUUUGUGUUUUGUCAAGUUUGCUAUGUAUUUUCUGAAUAAUAAAAGAAAUAGUACGUUG